UUCUAGCGCAGGGGAAGAACUCCGCGAAUCUCUGAGGUGCUUGACUGAAGACAAUGUAGUGUGUGCAUCGCGGUUUACUUCUCCAGAGAUGCUUGGCCGGGGCCUGGAAGAGCCGGUCGUUCCGCAAGGACAGUAUUGGCAUAAAGGAUGCUUCCAUUGUGAGGUCUGCAAGAUGGCUCUCAACAUGAACAACUACAAGGGCUACGAGAAGAAGCCCUAUUGUAAUGCACACUACCCGAAGCAGUCCUUCACCACGGUGGCAGAUACACCUGAGAAUCUUCGCCUGAAGCAGCAAAGUGAACUGCAGAGCCAGGUCAAGUACAAAAGAGAUUUUGAAGAAAGCAAAGGAAGGGGCUUCAGCAUUGUGACUGACACGCCUGAGUUGCAGAGGCUGAAGAGGACUCAGGAGCAAAUCAGCAAUGUAAAAUAUCAUGAAGAUUUUGAGAAGACCAAGGGAAGAGGCUUUACUCCUGUUGUGGAUGAUCCUGUCAUGGAACGAGUGAGGAAGAACACGCAGGUUGUCAGUGACGCUGCCUAUAAAGGUGUCCAGCCUCAUGUUGUGGAGAUGGACAGGAGGCCUGGAAUCAUUGUUGCACCUGUUCUUCCUGGAGCUUACCAGCAGAGUCAUUCCCAAGGCUACGGGUACAUGCACCAGACCAGUGUGUCAUCCAUGAGAUCAAUGCAGCAUUCACCAAAUCUAAGAACGUACCGUGCCAUGUAUGAUUAUAGUGCCCAGGAUGAAGAUGAGGUCUCCUUCCGAGAUGGUGACUACAUUGUCAACGUGCAGCCCAUUGAUGAUGGCUGGAUGUAUGGCACCGUACAGAGAACUGGGAGAACAGGCAUGCUCCCAGCAAAUUACAUUGAGUUUGUGAAUUAAUUCUUUCUCCUCAUCCUUUGAGCUUUAUUCUGUAUUCUAAACCCAGUCUUUUUAAAAGAUACCUUUCAGAUAACUUGGUAAUUAUUUUACAAUAAUGUGUCUUUAAUUUGACAAUUAGAUACACAGGCACCAGGAAGAAGGAAUGACUUCUGGGCUGAAAGCAGCAGCAUUCAGUAAUUCCUAUAAACAAAAUCAUGAUAUUUGGAGACCUGGUACUGCUAAUUAUGUUUAUAGUUUUUUUUGAUUGGCUAGUGAACCUAUCUGGGAAAUGUAUUUUUGUAGACUUUAAUAGAGAUAUGGAUAAGCCCUUAAGUGUAAUGAGUGUAUGAAACUUCUUAGCUGUCACUUGGAAUCAUCAGAAGCUAAUUCUUGUAGCCCAAACUAACAUAACCAAUAAUUUAAAAACUGUUUAGCUUUUGAGUCACGGGGAAAUUUCCAAUUCAAGUGAGAAUUUUCUAAUAUAAUAGAUAAAAGAAGUUGCAGAAUGAAUCUGGUUAGAAUUAUAUUGAUUGUAGUCUUAGGGACCAAAUAGGAAACUUGUUUGUUCCCUAGGCUGCCCGGGGUCUAUUUAUGUCUCAAUUUACCAAGAGUACCUCUCUCCACCUCUGUUCUGUGCAUCCGAGCAUGCUCAGCUCCACAGAUGUAAGAGCCAAGUAACAUCAUGUCUUCUUCUCACAGGGAAAAGUUUAAUGUCAUCUGUAUUACUUCCUGGUAUCCUGUACUCUGUUGCAUGUCUCGUGGGCUUGAGCAUCUGUGACAUAGGCACCUGCUUGCCUGUUCCUGUUAUCAAAGUCAACAGCGUGCCUGGUACCUCCAAGCCCUUCUAGUUGCCAGCUCACCAGAAAAACACUUUAAAACAUUGCUUGAGAUUUUCUGCUGUUACUGCAUUCUAGUUUUGAAGGACUCACAUUUUAGGAAAUACACAUCUACUCUCGUAAAUAGAAGACUUGGCUAUUCAUGGAAUAGCUUUUAUGAAUUUAAUGCCACCAUUAAUUUAAAAGUAAAGCAAAUUUAACAGGGCCCAGUGGGGAAACUGGAUGACAUAUGUGCUAAGGAAAAGCGAAACUGAAAGUGCACAGGAGCUUGCUGCACACAUGCGUGGGCUGGCUUCUCAUCUGGCAAAUGCUAUUCUGAUUCUAGAAUGGAAACCUAGCCAUUGAUUGAUCAGAGUACUUACUUUCCACUCUGUUUUUUUUUUUCUAAAUCACCUUCAGGGCAAUGCUAGUGUGGCAGGAAUGUCACCAGAGAUCUUUCAGCAUAGGCCCAACAAGCUGUUUACUAACAAAGAAAAUGAUGGUAUGUUUGGAGUGACUCUGAGGCUUUUGCUAGAUUUAUAGCCACACAUGCAAUCUUUGCUAGUAGAUCUUUCUUGAAAUUUUACCCUGAGCCUAUGAUCAAGGUUACUGAAAUCAUCCCAUUCAUUGGGAACUCUGUUUUACCAGUUGUGACUUGUAGAGGGUAGCAUACAUGUGUGACCUGGCUUCAGAGUGAUGUAUCUGAAAACCUGCAAAGUCACAGAAGUGUAAUAAAGCAUAUGGAUCUUGGAGAUAUUGACCUAAUAAGAUGCAUUCAAGUAAGUUAACAAAACACAUUGUGAAACAUCAUUGAUUAAAAUGUUUUCUAGUCCAAAAAGGUACAAGCUGUUGCAGGCACACCUUGAAAAGCUAGCACCUACUUUUAAGUUAGUAGCUUCAUUAUUAGGCCAAAACAAAAAUGAGUUUUAUUACACUAGUCUGCAUGUACAUGAUAUUGGAAUGAAAUUGAAGAGAGAAAAAUCCAGGCCAAUAACCAGAGAUUUUUUUUAAAGGGUUCUCACAGAUUGCCAAAUAACCAACUUGCCUGGUUUUCUGUCAUCUGAAUGGCUAGCCUUGAUUAAUUUGAAGAAACUUUAAAGACAAAGAUUUUGCAAACAUCUGUGCACUAAAACAAUCGCAGUACUCCUUCUCAGUGAUAAGUAUGUCUUUAUGCUUCCCCAGGCCAAACUGAGGGCAGAUGCAAAUUUUGAUACAUAGCACAUGUGUAGGUCGCUCAAAAGAAACUGACUUGAAGCUGGGCAUAGUGGUUUAUGCCUUUCAUCCCAGCACUGGAGAGGUUGAGGUAGGAGGAUCACCAUGAGUUGGAGGCCAGCCUAGGCUACAGAGUAAGUUCCUGGUUAGCCUGGGCUAAUGUUAGACCUUGCUUAAAAAUAAACAAGGAAAUGGACUUGAAAUAAUCAGGAAAGUACCCAUAAAGUAGCACCUUGAUGUUUUUGUCAUUCAUUGAUUUCAAAAUCAGAUUUAUAGACUGUGAAAGUCAAUUGGGGAAUGCAUGUCCUAACAGUAUUAAGCUUCACAUAAUGUUUGCACAGCAGAUGUUUGUACUUUAAGCCUCUUUAAUGUUAAGAUCUGAUCAACUUCAGUGGGGGUGGUUAAUUUCAACAGAGGUGGAGGUAGAAUAAGACGUGCCAGCCCUCAGGUUGUAAUCAGACAGUGUCACCACUGUUACUAACGUUUGUCAGGAUGUUAAACAUCUCAGCAGCAGGGAACAUAGACAUGUCAUACCAAAGUGCUACUUUUGCAAUGUCAUUUUAAAACCUACAUUCUUGAACAUUUUUACCACUUUUCACAUGCUGCCCACCCACUUUCAAUCUAGUAGCUGAAAUCUCUUAUAUAAUACUGACAACUGAGGAAAAGUUUAAGACAAGCCUUUGCAAGAUCAAGUCAGAAAAGACUGCGCACACGCCAUGCACAGAGCACAUGCACCCGCUUCUGAAUGUGAUGUGUCCUCCAGCUAACAAUUCACAAGUUACAGCUUGAUGCACCUUUAAAAGGGUCUGAAGACAAAACGUACACAGAUCUUAGUUUUCAUGAGAAAAGCUUAGCAGCAGAUGCCUUGCUUUUAUUGUAACGUUUUGUAGUAAAUGGUUGCUUUUUUUCUUAGUAAUCCUUGUUUCUAGAAAGCUUUCAAUUUCUAAUCUGUGGCGUGAAUUGUUCAUGUCUUCAUGUGACUGUUUGCAGUACAGCACAGUUUGAGAUGUUCAUGUGGUUGUUGGCUCUUCAUGGAGGCCCUGCAUCUUCUCACACACACGCCUCCACAGAGCACACAGGAAUUUGCAAGCACAAUUUCCACAAUCACCUUGUGUGAGUAUGGGUGAGAUUAGACCAGCUCCUCUCUUGCUAUUGGGUGAAUCACUUGAAGAUAAUAAAAGUAAAAGUUAUUUUCUUUCUUUUUUUUGUCUAUUUUACUGCAGUGUUUCUAAAUCCUCUGUGUUAUAAUUUAUAACACUUUUGGAAUUAGGGAAAAGGGCAAAAAUUCAAGUGUACACCUUGCUUUUAGAUUUAUCCAUUUCCAGUUGAAUGUUUUCGAUGGAUUGAUAAAAAAUAUGGGUGUGAUAUUUAAGUACAUGUCCCUAUAUAAAAUAAAUAUAGUUUAUACAAUAUUAUAAUACAGAUGUAUACAAAAUAGGUGCCUUUUUAUUACCUUUGUUUAUCAUUAUAUCUUGGAAAGAAAACCAAGAAAGAAAGCAGGCUUCUACAUAUCCAAUGGGAAUAUUUUAUUAUACAUGAUUGAUAUUUUGUGGUGGGGAAAUGGGAUAUCUCUGGCAUAUGUUAAAGGUAGUAGCUGAUGUAGUUUCCCUCUCUAGGUUUAGAACUUUAGGUGAGACUGACUGACUUCUAUCUCUUUCUGGAAAGACAUUUUUGUGGAUUUAUAUAUAGUUGAGAAUUAUAAGCAUUAACUUUAGGUUUUGGAUUUAAAAUACUUACUGUGAGAUAGAUUAUGUUAUGAGGCUGAAUUCACUGCAUAAGAUGAACUUCACUUUAUAAGUUAAUUAUGUUUUAGCUUUUUGCCUCUAAUCACCUUAAAGUGGCUGUAUUGUGUAUGUAUGGGCUAAUACAAUGUAACAAUAAAGAUUUAGUUAAGCAGGAAUCUAUGUAAACUAACUUAAGGAUGCAAAAAUGAAAGUCUGUGAAAUAUUUCAUGCCCUCAUGACCCCUUUCUAGGCAAAUAGCUGUCAAUAAUUGGUGAUUGAAAAAGUCAAGACAGUGUAUGAUGGUUCUCUGGACAUCAUUCUCCAAUGCUUAAGACAACAAAACUCUUUAAGCCUGGAAGGAUCCUGGGCACAUUUCUUUUGCAGUGGUCCAUAUUACUUCUUUGUAUUGAUGGGAGAUCUAUACACUUUAUGUGUUUCAUGUAUGGCAUCUCAUUUGCAUAGUAUACACUUCUCUGUAAUGUAGCUGCUGUUAAUUUUAAAGGAAAGAGAGAAAACUGCAUUGUCUAUUCUUCCAUGUCCAUGCAAUGAAUUGCUGAGCAUUUUGGAAGUAGUACCAAGUAUGUAACAGGCAUGAUAUGUGUGGAACCUGUGAUAAAAACACAAAUUUGAAUCAU